AUGACUUCUACGGCUGCUGUUGAUGGAACACUCCACGAGUGUGUUUUGGAGUACUCCGCUGUGUUGGACCACUUUGCUGGGAACAAGGAGUUCAGCGAGAAGGUUUCUGCGUAUGCCACGGAAACCGCUCAAGAUGACCAGAGCGAUGAGGAGGAGGAACAAGAAGCUGUACUGUACUCUGACGAUUUGUUCGGUGCAAUUGCAGAGAGUGCGCCACUUUUGAACAAAGUGAACGACCGUGAAUUCGAAGACGUUGCCAACUUGGCGGUUUACAUUCUUUCCCUAGGCGAUGAUUCAGAUGCCCGUGUCGAGAAACUAGUCACCGAUCUCAUCUCUCUACAAGAUCUACAGGAGAAGCUUGUCAAGAACAAGAAGAAGACCAUCAAGGUGUUGAGUAUCAUCUCGGUGCUGUCAAAUGUUUUCAACACGUUUGAUUCCGCAAGCUUACAAAAGACUGUGCUUGCCCAGAUCCUUCAACUCGUUGAAGUGUUGGACAAUGUGUCCCUGUUGCAGCCUUUUGUUUCAAACAUCGAGACCAUUCUUCUCGCCAAGUCAUCUGAUGAAUCCGUAAGAGAAAUCGUCUUGAAAACUGCACAACUCAUCCAAUCUGAAGAUCCACUCGGGAGCUUGAAAUUGCAGUACUUGUCAUUGACCAAGAUUGAGGCCCCAACACAAGAGUUGGCCAACAAUUACAUCGUCAACUCCUUGAACACUCCUUCUGCAUUGGACUUGAGUAGCGUUAUUGGCUCCGAAGUGAUCUCUAACCUGGCUUCCAAGGAGCUCUUGGACUACACAAAUGCAUACCUAUAUACUAAACACGAUGAGUUUAUCCAAUCCAAGGCUCCACAGUCUGUUGACACCGAUAUCGUCACCAAGAAGAACCAAUACCUCACCCUCCUACAAAUUGCAUCCGGAAGGGAAUCGCUCUCCUACAAGACCAUUGCAUCCGAGGUUGGGCUCGAAGAGGCCGAUGUUGAGCUAUUCUUGAUCAAUGCAAUCAAGCUCAAGAUCAUCGAAGGUAAGAUCUCGCAGCUGGAGAACACCUUCCUCGUCUACAAAGUCAAGCUAGUGGUGAAGAAGAUCGAGUCCAGCGACUGGAAACAGAUCAAAGAGACUCUGACCAAUUACAAGAACAGUCUCAAAGAGGUCAAGCAAUUGAUCGACCAAGUGCAAAAUAGAAGAUCAAAGAACUGA